CUUAGCAGCUGUUGGAGUAGGAAGAGGGUGUAUGGAUCCUACUCUGAAACUCUCUAUCCUGCUGUUGCUUCUCGGAUUCGCUUAUGUAUCGGUGAAUGCCUCGACUUUCAAGAAUUAUGGACAUUGUGAAAGAGUUGUUAAAAGAUGGGCAUUCUCUUCACUUGAACAAGAAGUUAAAGAAGAUAAACACACACUGAGGGAUUUGCUGUUUUUCCUUCACAUCCCCAGAACAGGCGGCCGCACAUAUUUUCACUGUUUCUUGAGAAAGUUGUAUUAUAGCUCUCUGGAGUGCCCUCGAUCUUAUGAUAAGCUGCGUUUUGACCCAAGAAAAAAACAGUGCAGAUUGCUGGUUACUCAUGAUGAUUAUAGCAUGAUGUCGAAACUUCCAAGGGAGAGAACUUCAGUAGUGACAAUACUUAGGGAUCCAGUUGACCGUGUUUUUAGUUCUUAUGAAUUUUCGGUAGAGGUAGCUGCUAGAUUUUUGGUACAUCCCAACUUAACUUCUGCAACACAAAUGGCUAGACGUAUGCGGUCAAAGACUAAAGGAGUAAGCACAUUGGACAUUUGGCCAUGGAAAUACUUGGUUCCGUGGAUGAGGGAAGACCUUUUUUCUCGGAGAGAGGGUCGAAAGCUUAGUGGUACAUUUGAUGUUCAGAGCGAUGACCCAUACAACAUGGAGGAAGUUGUGAUGCCAUUACAUGAAUACAUCAAUCACCCUAUAGCUCAAGAUAUUGUUCACAACGGUGCAACAUUCCAGGUUGCAGGAUUGACAAACAACUCCUAUCAAGCUGAUUCACAUGAAGUGCGCCAUUGUGUACAGAAGUAUAAGCUUCUUGGUAAAUAUGUUCUUCAAGUUGCAAAGAAGAGGUUGGAUGAUAUGUUAUAUGUUGGUCUCACUGAGGAGCACAGAGAAUCUGCAACAAUGUUUGCAAAUGUGGUUGGUGCCCAGGUGAUUGCACAGCUGAGAGGAUCAAAUUCUAGUGGGGAGAUUAAUGCUGCUAACAAUAAAUCUGAGCAGAGCUACCCAGUUUCAGAUUCCAAGCCCAAUAAUGAUGAUCUUCAGAGCAGCACGCCAGAUGGAAAGGAAAGUGAGAUUGCUUCAACUGAAACUGGUGGGGCUGUGAAAGAAAAUAUGACUGUGGGAGACCUUAUGGAAGCUUAUGGAGAUUGCAUCUCUAGUUUAAGGAAGGCCCAGACACGCAGGCGCACUGCAUCUUUGAAGAGGAUCUCCCCGGCAAACUUUACAAAGGAGGCACGCCUCCAGGUUUCUGAAGUGGUUCUCGAGCAGAUAAAGCAACUUAACCACCUUGAUUUGGAGCUUUAUAAAUAUGCGAAGGAUAUCUUUGCAAAGCAACACAACAAUACAGUGCAAACAUCUGGUAGCUCACAGGACAGAUGGGAGAGGAUGUUGCAGAGUUCAUAUGGCACAGGGAUAAUGUUUUGGAAAGUGGUCUCAGUAUGCGUGACUCUUGUUUUAAUCCUUUCAGUCUUCUUUGUUUUUGUUAAUGCACAAAGAAGAACGUUGAAAAUCAAAUUAUGAUUGUAUCUUCUUAAACUGUAUGAUCACAAGAUUUAAGAUUGUUUGGAAAAUAUAGAAAGAACCCCAACUCCUUUAGUUAGUUUCAUCCUCGGCUCUCAUCUUAUUUGUUACAAG